AUGGGCAAAAGAACAGCUUCUCCUGCCUAUGUCCUGGGCGUGGGCAUGACAAAGUUCAUCAAACCUCGAGGAAAGGUAGACUACACGGAACUGGGCUUCGAAGCUGGUGUUAAGGCCAUGCUGGACGCUCACAUCACAUACGACGACGUCGAUCAAGGAGUUGCUUGCUACUGCUACGGCGACAGCACAUGUGGCCAGCGCGUCUUCUACCAGUUUGGUUUGACGAAGAUUCCCAUCUACAAUGUCAACAACAAUUGCUCCACCGGCUCGACGGGUUUGGCGAUGGCGAGAACAUUCGUGUCGCAUGGCGCAGCGGACUGUGUCCUGGUGGUGGGCUUUGAGAAGAUGAACCCUGGAAGCUUGCAGGCUCAUUUCCAAGAUCGCGCCAAUCCUACAGAACAGUUUGGUACCAUGAUGGCUGCUACAAGAGGCAUCACCAAUGCGCCGGGCGCCGCUCAGAUGUUUGGUAAUGCAGGCAGAGAGUACAUGGAAAAGUAUGGCGCUAAGGCAGAGGACUUCGCGGAAAUCGGCCGUAUUAAUCAUGAACACUCGAAGCGCAACCCCUACUCUCAAUUCACCGAUGAAUAUACCCUAGAACAGAUUUCGAAGGCCCCUAUGAUUCACUACCCCCUGACGAAACUCCAAUGCUGCCCUACCUCCGACGGUGGCGCCGCUGCUGUGAUCGUCUCUCAGGCUUUCCUCGACGCUCGCCCGCACCUUAAAGACCAGGCUAUCCUUAUUUCUGGCCAAUGCCUUGCUACUGACACUCCUUCAGUCUACAACCGAAGUUCAAUUAGCUUGAUGGGAUUCGAAAUGGGACGAUAUGCUUGCCAAACCGCCUGCAAAGAAGCCGGCGUUAAUGUCAAAGAUAUCAAGAUCUGUGAGCUUCACGACUGCUUCUCCGCCAACGAAAUGAUUACCAUCGACGCCUUAGAACUCUCUGAGCCAGGUAAGGCGCAUGAGAUGGUUCGCCGCGGCGAUAUUACAUACGGCGGCAAGAUGGUGAUUAAUCCCUCUGGCGGCUUGAUUUCCAAGGGCCAUCCAUUGGGUGCUACGGGUAUCGCCCAGUGUUCUGAGCUCGUCUGGCACCUUCGUGGCUGGGCCAAUAACCGCUUGGUCAAGGGUACCGAUUCUGCUCUCCAGCAUAACCUCGGGUUAGGUGGAGCUGUGGUCGUCACCGUUUAUCAGCGUGCAGACAAAAAGGCAGCAACGCCAGUGUCAAACGAGGAAGUAGGAAAGCGGAAUGGUCUUGGGUAUAACCCUGCUGUAGAAGCUAAGGGGUUCACCCAGGAGCAGAUGAACAGUGUGUUGAGCAAGGAGAAUAGAAGCGAUUGGGCCAUGUCAGACACAUCGGAAAGGGUAUUGGCUCGAUUUUAG